AGGUCCAAAGAACUGAUUAAGGAAGCGAUCCUGGAUAAUGACUUCAUGAAAAAUCUGGAGUUGUCUCAGAUUCAAGAAAUUGUAGACUGCAUGUACCCAGUAGAAUAUGGCAAGGACAGCUGUAUUAUCAAAGAGGGUGAUGUGGGAUCUCUGGUUUAUGUAAUGGAAGAGGGCAAGGUUGAAGUAACAAAAGAAGGAGUGAAGCUGUGCACCAUGGGACCAGGCAAGGUGUUUGGUGAGCUUGCCAUCCUGUACAACUGCACCAGGACUGCCACAGUGAAAACUCUAACGAAUGUAAAACUCUGGGCUAUCGACCGACAAUGUUUUCAGACAAUAAUGAUGAGGACAGGCCUAAUCAAGCACGCCGAAUAUAUGGAAUUUCUAAAGAGUGUUCCAACAUUCCAGAACCUUUCAGAGGAAAUACUCAGCAAACUAGCUGACGUCCUUGAAGAGACAUAUUACGAAGAUGGGGAGUACAUUAUCAGGCAGGGAGCUCGAGGGGACACUUUCUUCAUUAUUAGCAAAGGAAAGGUGAAUGUGACUCGGGAAGAGUCAUCAAAUGAAGAAGCUGUAUUUCUUCGGACAUUAGGAAAAGGCGAUUGGUUUGGAGAAAAGGCUCUUCAGGGAGAGGAUGUAAGGACAGCCAAUGUGAUCGCAGCUGAAACAGUGACCUGCCUAGUGAUUGACAGAGAUUCAUUCAAGCACCUGAUCGGAGGCCUGGAAGAUGUUUCCAACAAAGCCUAUGAAGAUGCUGAAGCUAAAGCUAAAUAUGAAGCUGAAUCUGCCUUCUUUUCAAACCUGAAACUAUGUGAUUUUAACAUCAUUGAUACGCUGGGAGUUGGAGGAUUUGGAAGAGUUGAGCUGGUCCAAUUAAAGAGUGAGGAAUCCAAAACUUUUGCAAUGAAGAUUCUGAAGAAACGUCACAUAGUAGACACGCGGCAGCAGGAACACAUACGCUCGGAGAAGCAGAUAAUGCAGGAAGCUCAUUCCGAUUUCAUUGUGCGGCUGUAUAGGACAUUUAAGGACAGCAAAUAUCUCUACAUGCUAAUGGAGGCUUGUCUUGGUGGAGAGCUGUGGACAAUACUCAGGGACAGGUAA